AUGAAGUACGUCGCUACUUUGAUUAGCCUUGCAAUGGCUCUCGCCCCAGUAACUCUCGCCGAUGUCCACUGUUGCAUGAAACCAACCGAAAAUGUCCCAAAGAUAAAUUGCAACUACAGUUUCUACGAACCUGCUUGCUGCACAGGGCAGCUGUUUAAGAGCUGUGGCCGUCGAGCCAAUUUCAAAUGGACAGUCGAUUCUCCGAACUACGAUACAGGUGCCUCCGGAACUCCAGGCCUGCUCCAGCCUUGCAAAGGUGGUGGGCAAGUUGCCUGUGUUAAACUUGCAAUUCCUCCACCCUCAUCGUAA